AUGUUCAAGAACACUGUCGUACCGAUGUUAAUCCCUUCAGCAUGCCCGGUGUUUCCCCGCUCGCGGUGGAUAGGCGGGGAAUUCUCGGUCUCAUGGGCAGGAGUCUUGUCAUGCCUGCACAACCUGCUUCAACCACUUCUUGUCAAGUGGGGUGCUCCCGAUGGUUUUGCGAAGCAAGAGCCUCGACGACCUGCUUUGACGUUGAAAGACUUCAGUGAGGGAUGGAAGGAUGUUGCGUCAAAGCUUCCUGCGACUGCUGGUGCAGAGUCUGCUGCAAUCCUUGAUGUUGACCCAACAGGGCAUGCUGAUGACGCAGCAGCAGAGGCAGACGAUGCCGGGCAGCCUUCUCUUCUGGAUGCGGUGCUCGCAUCCUUGGAUUGGACACAGAUCAAUGCCUCGAUGAAGCUGAAGAGUGCAAAGUGGGCAAUGGGCAAGUUGACGGGUGCCAGUCUUGUUGCGAUGCGGCACUGCAUGCGCCCCUGCCUGUUCCUCAUGCAUGGCCUUCUUGGUCGGGCAGGCCUUCGCUGGGAGCGCAAGCAGCAGAUGCUGGCAUCGCAGAAGAAACCUCGAGAGUUUCGGCCUGUCGUGUCGCCAGAGCUGACUCUCCAGACUUUUUCGAAGCUGGAGCAAUGCUUUCAUGGUACAGUGCCAGCGUUGGCUGUGCAAGACAGAACAAGGAGAUGCCGUGUUCUCAUGUUCAGAAUGCUGGCAACUGCUGGGGGCUGUUUGGAGAUGAUUAUGGGAUCAUCCGACAGGGGCUUUCCGUACAAACUCUUUCGUCUGGUCCUGUUGGGCAACAAGGAGGCAAUCCAGAAGGAAAUCUUUGAUGAGGCUCCCGAAUGUUUGUAUGAUGAACUGACGUGGAAAGUCUUGCAGGACUACCCUUCUGCUGACGCACUGCUGUCUCCGGAAGCGGUUUCCUUCAUAACCGCGCUGUGUGACAUGAUAUCUUUGGACAUAGCGGGGGUCGAAGCGAGACAUGCCGCAGCACGACGGAUUCAAGUCAUGAGGUCUGUCCAGAAAAAAGUGAUGACGUUCGACUCAUUGGCUGCGGUGACUGCAUGCAGAAGCCUCGUGAAGCAACGAUUUGACUGGUUGCAAGCAUAUGAGGGACAGCUUUUGACGGCUCCGAAGCCGAAGCCCCACAGAUACCGGAGACGCAAAGCCCAGGCAAAGAAAAAGAGAGGUGGUGGGGGAGCUUGGCGUGCCUUUCAACACUUGAAGAAGGGCAAGCUGAUGGACCGUGCCAGAAUUGCUGAGGAAUACCGCCAGUUGAAAUCUCAGGCUGGGGCAGAACUUGACGAGGUGCAAAGGCUGGGCCGUCUUGCGACCCAGGCACAUCAGGCUGGCCAUGAGUCAUUUGGUCGAAAACCAUCGAGAAGGAUGUUGCGCAAGGGAGAUCCCGGUGUUGCGGCGUUGCCUCAUGCGCUGUCAAAGGAGCUCGGGAAUGUGCAAGCAGACUGCCGAGCGACAAAACGUCAAGAGUCAACUGAGUGGCAUGGCCAAUUGCAGUCCUUGGCUUUGUGCUGCCAGAAGGAGCGUGAGGAACUGCUGCGGCAUGACAAAGAAAACACUCCUGCAGGAGAGCUUGCCAGGGCUAUGUCCUCUUCGCUUCUCCCAGUGCCAGCUCGUGCUCGUGUUCUGACAUUGGAUCUUUUGCUGCCAGCUGCCGAGCUGACGAAGGCGCUCUUUGAUCGUGCAAAGAUUGGCUUCCUUGGUCAACUGGAACAAGAGAUGGAUGCAAGAACAGACAUGCGGCUCCACAAGGAUGCCCCGAAGCUACUACCAGUGGACAACAACCUGGGAUUUUCUUUGGCUCCCUGCCAUGCUGCCGGAGUUUGCAUUUGUGCAGAUGGUGGCAUGCUCUCCAGAUUGCGUCAGAAUAUGGUUGAGUUGCUCCGUCCAGCUCUUCGUGUGCAGCAGCAAAAAGCAGGCACUGAGAAAACGAAGUCCAAGAAACCAGCUGCACGUUUGUUGAUGGAGCAAGCCAUGCUAGUCUUCAAGUUCGAGUCUGCCCCAACAGCCACAGCACAUGUCCUUCCAGAUCCGAACUGCAAUUGGGAGCAAGUCAGCCGCGAAGUGGCAGGUGACCUGCAAAUAGCUCCCGUUUCUGACUUGGGCACCUUUGCAAAGAAGACUCUUUGGGCACAUGUUCCGUAUGGCCACUUCCGAGAUUGGAAAUUCACUUUCCUUUUUUUGGAAGAGACUGGCCAGGGCGAGAAGCGAUGCAGCCGGACAGGGCAAGCUCUGACAGAGUUACGCGUGCCUGUCCAUGCUGAAUUUCUCACGGAUGUGGUUGCGUUUCAGCAGAAGUUCGACUUGGAUUGUGCUUGGCAAAUGUCCCUGCAUGUGAUCUACCUUGAUGAUGAGCAGCUUCCUCUGUUUGACACGUCCCCGGAUGUGGUUGAAGUCAUGCGGCAAUCGACUGGCAGAUAUGAGGAGAAGCGGCUCAUGUCCUUGCCAAAGCCGGGGCGGAAACGAUCGGGCACGAGGCCUCCUGGGAUUCGUCCUGCUGCUAAAAGAACUCGGCAGGCAAGUUCCCACGGUGCUGCCGCCGCUGAGUCUGCUGACGUCACUGAAGUCAUGGAAGCACAUCAAGAGGUCGAAGAUGAUGUUGCAAGCGAUGCAGAGUCCACCGGUGCUCGGGAUGAUGAGGCUAUGGCUUCCUGGAUUGUGGACCGAAUCAAUCGAGCUGAUGAUGCAGCACGGUCCAUGCAGCCAGCGCCGAAAUCAGUGGAAUCAGGAGCUUCAGGAGCCCAGAAACAGUUGAGAUUCAAGCCGGUGCAGGAGCAGCCAGGCGGUUCUGCAGCAUCUUCGAGUGGGAGCCAUUUGGUUUUGCCACCGGAGCGGCCUUCUUCGACUUCAGCCUCCAUGGGUGGGGACAUGGCGCCGGUGCCACAUGAGCCAGCUGUUGGUCUGCAGGGAGAAGGCGAUGCACGAGCCAGUGCAAGUCGCAAGCGCUCACACACUGAGCAGAUCUUCUCACUUGGCAAUGUGGGAUCGAUCCAUUUUUAUCCAAAGGCUCGAAAUUUCGUAGCUUUCUGCAAAGCGCCGGGACAUGAAGAGUGCCGGCGAAGCAGGGCGGCUAAUGCUGCCACUUCUAACCGAGCAGAUCGCCAAGGGCAGGGGAGGCCGAUUGGUUUCUUAGCACAUUGGCUUUAUUCCUCAAAAAACCACAGGGACAAGGAGAGCCACUCAGCAGACAUACACUUCACUCAGUCGGAUCGGAUGGCUGCGAGGGAAAGGCUCAUGAGCUUGCCCCAGGCAGCUGAAUUUGUGGUCAAUGAGAGACCUCAAAGGAUCUACAUGGUGCUCUUCCGCCGAGACAUUUACAGUCAGGCCGAUGUUCAUCGGUUUGAGACGAUGCUGGGGGACAUCCGGCGACUGCAGAAAGAACGUGGUGAGAUCAUGAAGCCGUCCGACUUGCUCAUGGACCCGUCUCAUCCCGAUUAUGGCUGCAACAUUCUGUCAUUGCAGCAGCGCCAGGAUAUGCGUGUUUCUGUGCGGACAGAAGCCUGGACGGGCAGACCCACUUACCAGGGUGUGGGUGUUCCCAAGAAUCAUCGUGUGACGACGCUGUUGAACUUGUGUGCAGUUCAACGGCUGAGGGAUGAGAAGAGGCAGCUCAGUUGCAUUGCCGGUCGGAAGGGUCCGCCGGAGAGCUUCAAGGAUUUUUUUGUGGACUACAGCCAGAACCCAUCCCGGAAGAAGUAUUCGAAGCAGGGCAGUGGCAUGGUCCAUUGCAUGUGUUCAUCGACUUGCCUGUACUCCUAUGGCUUGGACAGAGCUUUGUUUCCAGUAGAAUACCUGCGCCUGCAAGGCUGGGGAUUCGAUACACAGGUUCCCGGUCAGUCAGCAGGCAAAGUCCAGCAGAUGGCAGGUCAAGGGAUGGCAUUGCCUUGUUUGGCCUUGAUCAUUUGGUCGGCUUAUUUGGUGAAAGGCAUCAAGGCCAGGGUGUCAGGACCCGGAGGCACAGUGUGGCAACGAGACCUGGUAGGACCUGGUAGGUCGGAAAAGCUGAACGGCUUAGAUGUGGAGGAUGCUCGGAUGUUCUUCACCGUCACUUCCAUGUCCAUGCUGCUGCUGGAGUUGUUCAUGGGCAGGGCUAGCAGCUAUACCGGCUACGGCUACCAGUGGCCACAGACUCCACAUCCAAGAUGGAAUUUGACGUCUGGCCUUGUGACCAAUGCAUGGGAGUUAUUGGCUGGUGACAUGACUCUGUUUCGUUGUGUCGAUGGAAUCGAGGAAGUUGAAUGGGCGGAGUUCACCACUCGCGGAGCCCCAAUGGGGCUUUGGUGCAAGCGCCACUUCAGCAUUGCCGAGAUGCUCUUCCCCGGUGUGCCGAAGGAGCAGGUUGCGAAUGCCUACCACGACGAGGAGGACGGUCAGGCGAAGCCCCUCAUUGACGAGGCAUAUGCGAACAUGGAGAACGAUGUCUCCUUUGUGUUGCCAGCCUCGUUGGCAACGACCCAGGUGCAGGGGACACGGCUCUAUUACGAGAUGGCUUUUGUAAAUGAGCAGGAGCUGGUUCGGCUGGUGGGGCACAGUUCGAAGUUUCUGGGUCUUCGACCCGUGAUGCUGGCGCCAGAGCAGCGGGGACCACCAAUUAGUGGGUUCCUGCUGUCCUUCAGGGGCCUCGACAUGUCCGUGGACAACUAUCCACCUGCAUUCAGGGGCUAUGGCACCCGGACACUGCCGCCUUCUGUUGCUGAGCUCAAGCAGAAGGCUGCAGAGAUUCAGGAGCUGCAGCAAGAUGAUAUCGAUGACGACCCCGAGGAAGAGCUCGUGGAGGAGGAUGAGUCCGACUUGGAAGGUGUCAUCCGGGGUGGAUCGGCUGUGCAGCGCUUGGCCUUGAGCAGUGGCCUUUCCCAGGUGCAACCGAAAAAGAGUGCUGCCAAGAGCACUCCGAAAGCCAAGGCAAAGGUCAGGGUGGAGCGGCCGGAUCGGACAGCAAAUCCAGGCGGGCAGGCAAUGCCGGCUCCGGAGACGCCCCAAGCGAGUGCCACCCCCUCCAAUCCUGGAGUCCUUGGGACACGAAUCAAGGAAGAGCUAGCAGCGGCGGCAGCGGGAACGGCGCUACCGGUACCGGCCGAUGUCGCUUCCGUGCGGUCGUCCAAGUCGGGGAAAAAGAGUGGUGUUGGCAGCUCCGACAUCCUCAAUCCGGACCCCGCUGGCCCUCAGCUGGACCCUGAAAUGCAAAAGGUCCAAAAUCGUUUGGGCGCUCCGUUCCAAGUUUGUCUCUUGGCACUCUGCCCGAAGAGGAACCUCACGGAGAAGCUAGGCCAAGGCCUAGGCGAACUGAUGCUGAUUCUGAUAUUGCACAUUCCAAGAGCUCGCAAGCUCUUGGACCGCCUGAAAGGUGCGACACAGGCAGGUGCCCGUGUCAUCCUGGAUAACAGGCUGAACUUGUGCGAAAAAUGCUCGUGGCUGGCCGGAGGGUCCAGCAACCUCCAAGACGAUCAAAUCCAGCUGGCUGUUCAGGCUGUUUCGCGAGCAGGCUUGCCUGUGGCGGUGGAUGUUCAGAUGGAUCUUGCAAAACGCUUCGGGGUUGACUUGUGGCGAGGGAUCGCCGCCGCAGGCUGCAAGACACCGCAGGAUGCCCCGGUGCAGAAGCUUGUGGAGCACCUCAUCCCGCUCAAGGAGCAUGCCCUUUCGAGGCAUGACAUGCUUCGCCCGACAUUCAGCAAUCUCAGCGAGGUCUUCGAGGCAACGCAAGCGGAGGAGAUCGGCCAGUGUGAGUUGUCGGAGGAGAUCAAGUUGCAAGAGGUUCACCAGGAACAAUGGCAGGCCUUGGGGUGUUGCUAUUGA